UCAUUGAUAUCGGGAACGGUACGACGCAUGAACCAAAUUGCGAUAAGGUACCGGAUUAACUGUAACUUUGACUGAACCUUUCCACCAAGUGUUAUUUUCUCACGAAUCUUUGAUUUUCAUACCCCCAUAUUGUAUUCAUUCAUUUGGUGGUUCUUUCCAAAACAACUAAACACUGCUAGCAUGGGGACUCGUGCGUUCCAAAGACCGUUUUAUGUCGUCUGCUUUUUGACGGGUUGCCUGGUGGCGACCAUUCUUUCCCGUCCUUUAGAUGAGUCGUCUGCAGGACACACGUUUCAGAAGAGGAUCCGAAUGCCUGGCGUUGUGUCAGAUAGAAAGGAUGCGCUUGUUUGCCAUGCAAUGAAGAUGGACCAGGAUCCCUCUUACAUAUUGGAAUUCGAACCUCAUGCAAGGAAAGAAACAGCUCACCACAUGGUUCUGUAUGGCUGUCGUGAACCAGGGACGAAAAAGGAUUGGUGGUAUUGCGAUGAUAUGGAGGGUUCCAGCGAGAGAAGCGUGUGCGGCGACUGGUCUCACCAAAUCAUCUACGCCUGGGCGUUGGAUGCACCAGCAAAGAAGCUACCAAAAGAUGUUGGAUUCCGUGUUGGAGGCACCACUGACUACCAGUAUGUCGUCGUUCAACUUCACUACAGGGAGAAAUUCAAGGAUGGUGAAAGUGACAGUACGUCUGGAGUAACCUUACAUAUGACACAUGAUCCACAACCCUUGCAGUCAGGGUACUAUAUCUUAGCCUCUUAUGGAUAUAUUCCAGCCAGACAACAAGAGGUUCAUGUUGAUGUGGCAUGCAUGUAUGACAUGGACAUGCCAAUACAUGCUUUUUCAUACAGGACACAUUCUCACAACCAAGGUGUUGUGACAGCGGGUUAUAGGAUCCGGGAUGGAGUGUGGACAGAGAUAGGACGAAUGUCUCCUCAGCAACCCCAGAUGUUCUACAACACAACCAAUGGUGGAGUUGACAUAAAGAAAGGAGAUGUCUUGGCAGCCCGGUGUACGAUGACCACAAAAGACAGGGAAGAGGAAGUCAUCUUCGGAGCUACCAACAAUGAUGAGAUGUGCAACUUCUACAUCAUGUUCGACACAACGCAUCAGGAUGAUCUCAAAGUGCAGAUGUGCACCCGUAGUUCACCAGAAUUCCACCUCGGAGAUUACUAUGAAAACAUUCCAGCACUGGCAUCCUCAUUGGAAGGUGUCAAUCUGAGGUUUCCCAAGAUGGAGCAUAAAGGACAUGCCAGCCACAAGAAGCAUCAGAUGAGGCUUGUGUAGGCCUGGACUUUCCUUGGGCACUUCUGAUGCAGACAGCCCGUUUGUCAGUAUCUUUCUUACUUUCUACCAAGCUAAAAUGGCUGAACUUGACCACAAAAGUGACUCUGCAAAUCCUCCAGCAUUGUUGCUGAGCACAAAUUCCUGAAGAUGAACAGACAUUUCUAUUACUGUAAAAAUGUGCAAGAAAAUGUUUGUUAUUUAUCAUGAAAAUAAAGAUUUAUUUUAGGAA